UUUUUUUUUUUUUUUUUCCCUAAAAUCCCUCGUUCUUUCUCCGAAUUUCUCGGGACGAAAAGAUCCACAUUCACGGGUAUUCAACCCGCCUUAUCGUCUUCCACUUACAUCAGAGAACCACAUCGAGAAUUCUGGUGACAAUUUUCGUGUCUCAUUCGCAGCACUACGUGGAUGCUGUCUCCAGUACAUCUUUUAUCUCGCCGGACUUGCCUUCGUUCAAUUGCCACUGUGAUUGAUCAACCUCGGUCCCCGGUUUUUCCCCAGCAAGAGACACUCUCCACUCCAUUUUCGUCGUCUCUAGUCUACUCAAAGGCUUUAAAGUUCUCCAGACCGACCUUAACUCGGCUCACUUCUUGUUCAUUUUCACGUCUAUAUACUACAUUUGUGGACGACAUUGCCAAAAUGAGUUUUCUUACCCCGUACCAGCGCAAACACAAAGUCACGGUGAUCGGCUCAGGAAACUGGGGCACCGCUAUUGCCAAAAUCGUCGCUGAAAACACCGCUAGCAACCCUGCCAUCUUCGAAAAGGAUGUUCAGAUGUGGGUUUAUGAAGAGAAAGUGGAAGUUCCAAAGACAUCCCCUCACUAUAACCCAUCUUCGCCCUUAUGCCAGGGUCCCCAGAAAUUAACAGAGAUCAUCAACAAAACACAUGAGAACGUCAAGUAUCUACCAGGAAUUAACCUUCCUACAAAUUUACACGCCAAUCCCUCGUUGGAGGACUCCGUUAAGGACAGCACCAUCCUUGUUUUCAAUUUGCCUCAUCAGUUCAUUAUCAAGACUUGUGAGCAAAUCAAGGGCAAGAUCCUGCCAUAUGCGCGUGGUAUCUCUUGCAUCAAGGGUGUCGAUGUGCGGGAAGAUGGGAUCAGUCUUUUCUCAGAAACCAUCGGCAAGAUUCUUGGGAUCUACUGUGGCGCUCUCUCCGGUGCAAAUAUCGCCAGCGAGGUUGCACAGGAAAAGUGGUCUGAGUCAAGCAUUGCUUACGAUCCUCCCCAUCUAGAUUCGAAAGCCCCCUCGCCUAAUCGCUCGCCUUCCUCGUCGACGGUGGAUGUGGUUCACUUCACGCACAAGGACGUUUCGGGACAACUAUCUAAGGUUAAACUGCAGGCGUUACCCUCCGAAUAUCCUCCCAUUGACCAUGCUGUCCUGAAGACACUUUUCCACCGUUCCUACUUCCAUAUCAGUGUGGUGAGUGACGUUGCAGGCGUUUCCCUUGGCGGUGCGCUCAAAAAUGUCGUCGCCAUUGCCGCAGGUUGGGUUGAAGGCAUGGGAUGGGGUGACAACGCCAAAGCUGCCGUCAUGCGAGUCGGCCUGUUGGAGAUGGUCAAGUUUGGUGAAAUGUUCUUUGGCGCGACCAUCAACACUCGGACAUUCACCGAGGAGAGUGCUGGUGUUGCGGACUUGAUCACUAGCUGCAGUGGUGGUCGCAAUUUCCGUUGUGCCAAGCUGAGCAUUGAAAGAAAGCAGCCGAUCGGAAAGGUCGAAGAGACGGAGCUUAACGGCCAGAAGCUUCAGGGCACUUUGACUGCGAUUGAAGUGAAUAAAUUCUUGAAGAACCAAGGCGUUGAAGAGGAAUACCCCUUGUUGACGGCCGUCUAUAGAAUCCUAGAAGGUACUAUGUCUGUUGAGGAUAUCCCUUCUUAUAUUGAGCGGUAAAUAAGACCUGAAGCUUUGUCUCCCAUGAUUUCUAUUUCGGUUAUUAAUUCACGGGUAUCUGUUUUCUUUUCGUUACAGCAAGCCGGAAUCCGUUUCGCAUGAAUCGCAAGGAGUGAAUGGUGGUGGCGCGAGCCAGGCAGUCUUGGCCAAAUUGUGAGGUGGCAGGAUGCAAUGAUGUCUGCUCCUCACAAAACUUUUUUUUAAUAUUUAUUUACGUCUUGAGACUUGUCGGUAGGUCUUUCUCAUGUUAUUUUGGGUAUGGAUAUUAUAAACGCACAUAGACUAGUGACCAUAGAGCAAUUCCCAGAUAUAUGUUAUUAUUUCCGAUGAAAAAAA